GCUUGGAACUGCUCUUCAGAGUGAGCGUCUCUCUCACUCUCCCCAGUCGUUAAGUCAGAGAGCAGGGGAGGAAGGGAAGGCAGAGAGACCAGGGGAGGUCUGAACGACACCAUCCCAGCUAUCCCCGGACAUAUUUUAAAUGCACAGACUGAUAAAUGCAAGCACGCAGACCAGCUUUGAUUUACUGGAGGAACAUCGAGAUAACCAAGCUGUCACUCUGCAAGACAUGUGUUCAACUUUUCCUGCCAGGACACAAACUUAAAGGAGCUCUUCUAGGAACUGUAGCAUGGUUAAGUGCAUAUGAAAAUAGCUUUCAAUGCUGGAGGUCCAGUAUAAAAAUGGAUGACACAUGUUCCAGGCCAACGGUGUUCUUCACCGUUUUCUGAUUCCAGAUCUAAAGGAAGCAUCCAGCCAAAACGCCAACUAAGAAGGAGCAGAUAAAGAUACAAGGACUUCAAUCACCUGCAACCUUUCCCCCAGGCUGAUAUGAUGCUGUGGUACACAUUUGGGCACCACUUGCUCUCUCUGGCAGCACUUCUGGUGAUUGUGAGCUGCGGAGGAGGGGAGCAGAGGAGAGGGACGGAGAGCAGCACCAGCAGCACAGGUGGCAGCAGCAGCAGCAGCAGUAGUGGAGGAAGCAGUAGUAAUUAUAGCAGCAGACGUUUUCAUAAGAUCCAGCAUGGCCAGUGCACCUAUACAUUCAUCCUACCUGAGGGAGAUGGGGCCGGAGGAGGCUCCUGCAGGGAGGCGAAAGGUGGUAGCCCACAGUACAACGCCAACUCUCUCCAGAGAGACGCUCCGCCACCUGAGCCAGACUUUCCAAGCCAGAAGAUCCAACAGCUCGAACACAUUAUGGAGAAUUAUACCCAGUGGCUGCAGAAGAUUGAGAACUACAUCAAAGAGAGCAUGAAGACGGAGAUGGCUCAACUGCAGCAGAGUGCUGUCCACAACCACACAGCAGCCAUGUUGGAAAUGGGCACCAACCUUCUCUCUCAGACAGCUGAACAGACACGAAAGCUAACUGAUGUAGAGACACAGGUUCUGAAUCAGACAUCCAGGCUUGAGAUCCAGCUGCUGGAAAAUUCUCUUUCCACUAACAAGUUGGAGAAAGACUUAAUGGUCCAGACCAAUGAGAUCAGCAAGCUCCAUGACAAGAACAGCCUCCUGGAACAGAAGAUGUUAGAGAUGGAGAUGCGACACCAUGAAGAGCUAGAGACGCUGAAGCAGGAGAAAGGAAGUCUCCAGACCCUGGUGGGGAGGCAGAGCGGGGUUAUCAGGGAGCUGGAAGCCCAGCUGAGACGGGCCACAGGAAACAGCACGGCCCUGCAGAGACAGCAGCAGGAGAUGAUGGAUACCGUCCACAACCUGCUCAACCUCUGCUCCAAAGAUGGAGUUGUACCAAACAGUACAAAGGCUGCAGACGAAGAGAAGAAGUUCCGCGACUGUGCCGACCUCCACCAGGCUGGCUUCCAUAAGAGCGGAGUCUACACCAUCCAGAUCAGUCCUCAGGAGACUAAAAAGGUGUAUUGCAACAUGGAAACAGUCGGUGGUGGAUGGACGGUCAUCCAGCGCAGAGAGGACGGCAGCGUGGACUUCCAGAGAACGUGGAAAGAAUACAAGAUGGGUUUUGGGAGCGUGUCUGCAGAGCACUGGUUGGGCAACGAAUAUGUUUACCAGCUGACCAGCCAGAGGCAGUACGCCCUCCGUGUAGAACUGACAGAUUGGGAUGGACACCAGGCCUUCUCACUGUAUGACCGCUUCCAAAUCGGCAGUGAGAAACAAAACUACAGGCUGUUCCUGAAAAGCCACAGUGGGACCGCAGGUCGACAGAGCAGUCUGGUAAUCCAUGGAGCAGACUUCAGCACCAAGGACAUGGACAAUGACAACUGCAUGUGCAAGUGUGCGCUCAUGCUAACUGGCGGUUGGUGGUUUGAUGCCUGCGGCCCAUCCAACCUUAACGGCAUGUACUUCACUCAAGGGCAACAUGUAGGGAAGCUGAACGGUAUCAAGUGGCACUACUUCAAGGGCCCCAGCUACUCACUGCGAGCCACAGCCAUGAUGAUCCGCCCGCUGGACUUCUCCUAGUCUUUAGAACUUCUGAACCUCUAACUUCCAAACAGGCUAUGCAGCACAUUAGAGGGACGCUUCCUAUUUAAUCCUCUUGUCUCAUCUCAUUUCGCUGGCCAUGGGAGUCAUCCAACGAGCCUUUUAUUCAACCUGGUUCCUCCCCAGAGCUGUUGCUGUGCACAGGUCAAAAGCUGUGGCAUCAACAUGCUACUGUUGCCUCAUAACCUUUCACCCUCCUUCACUGCACUGAAAAGCAGCCAUGGAGAAGAAGACAGAGCAUGACAUGUUUCACCUAAACUGAUUUCUGUUCCAAACCAGAUGCACAAAUUCAAAGACAAAUGAGCUCAGGUGUGUUAUCCUACUCCUGGAAUUUGUGCACAUUUUGUCAGCUUGUAUGAAGAUUCAAGCAUUAUGUCAAACACAUUUUUUCCUUUUUUCUGGGGACUUGUGUUCUAAUAACAUGGAGGACUUGAACUCUUCUGAAUGGAAAGCAGCUAUCACAGAGCAGCACUGACUCUUAAACUGCUGGACAGAAUUAUCUGGAACGCUCUAAGGGGACGAAUGAGAGAUAUGCCUUUUUGUAUUGCAAUGUUGCUCACAGAAACAGCCCAUAAAUGUUUCGUUUGUAUUAUAUAUUGUGUAUUUAGUAUUAUUUUUGUUAUCCCAACUGUAUACAAUAUCCAAAGUGAGAUGAAAUUGUCUUUUGUACUGUACAGUGUAUACUGAAUUUAUAUCUGCAUUAUGUAUAAGACACACACUCAGUUUUAAGGUGACCUCUACAUGUAAAUUUAAGUGUUGAUGUGGCGUGGCAGUUGGUAAUAGUUAUUAGGGUCACUUGCAGCAUUAGCUGGCAAUUACACACUUGCCGUCUUGACACAGUGUGAUUAUUUUUAGAGUUCAAGAUGUGAGGUUAUUAUUGGAUUAGAUUCUGGACUUAGAUCCAUUUGCCUUUAUUACUGGCUGAGAAAUGGCGAAUACCUGCCAAGGUUCAGAUCCGGAGUGAUCAUCUUACCUCUGCUGAAUAUGAAAAACAAGAACAUUAAUUCAGAUGCGUAGACUUAGUGAUAUGUAAUCCUAGCAGCUGUGUGAGUAUGGAAAGAAGUAAAUGCAUGUUUGCAUAUACAUGUAAUGGGUAUUUUGAGAAACGCCGUGACUCCUGUGUAAUCACAAAGAUGUAAAUGCUUAUAUUAAGCUGGUGUCCUACAAGUACAUAACUCGCAAAGAAUGAGGUUGAAGUUCAUAUCACUGUACCUCUUUUUUUUUUUACUUUAAAAACCAUAAAAUCAUUCAAGACUGGUCCUGUCAAGGCAGUUUUAGUUUCAUCAGACUGUAACCUCUGACCUUAAGACAACGAGCCAAUCAUUAAGACAAGUUUUGUCCAAAAAUGUUUUUCACAGACAUCAAUAUGACACGGUUUCAGAAUCCAGCCAGUUUCUGUUUCUCAUCAAUGCAGCUUAUAAAAAAAGGAGGUAGAGUUGGAUAUGAAGCAUGAAAUUAAUGAUUCCACCAAGUGAUCCGUGUGAACAUGUAUUUCAUAACUUACAACUUGCAACAACAGAAUCUACUGUGGAGUAUUUACUAAAGGUACAUGUGGCGAGAAGAUAAAGUGUAUCUGGAACUUGUAAAACUACAAUUGACAUGUUUAUUAGCAUACUAAAAUGGUAUAACUUAACGUGUGUGUGCAUAAAGAAACUUUCCUGAGGAAAGCUGUUCUUUUUCUGUUUUUUCUCUGCCAGAAGUACAAUUGUUUUUUGAAGUUGAGCAUAAAACAUAGAAGUUAAGAUAAUAACCCUGGAGAAAUGUGCCUUUGAUAACUCUGCUUUUACCUCAUUAAAUUCUAGAUUUGCAGAUUUAUUUAAACAUCUUUUGUAACAUGUGGUCAGUGUUGUGUUGCUAGAUUAAAUAAAAGAGCAUGUGAUGCACUAAUGUUUUCAA